GGCGCAGGGAGUCUCGCCGGAACCCUUUCUCCCGCUCCCGCAGAACCUUUCUGGCGCUCUGUGGCGCGCUAGUUACACGUCACUUCCGGCGGGGCGAAGGAGGCGGGAGAGUGAGGGAAAGGCUGGAAGACGAGCCCACAGGAUGCUUCCUCAGUGAGAAGGAGGCUGCUGCACAAUGGCAGUUUUUGAUACUCCUGAGGAGGCCUUUGGUGCCUUGCGCCCAGUGUGUGUUCAGCUCACAAAGACCCAGACGGUGGAGAACGUGGAGCAUCUGCAGGCACAAUUACAAGCCGUGAGUGACUCCGCCCUUCAGGAGCUGCAGCAGUACAUCCUCUUCCCUUUGCGAUUUACGCUGAAGACACCGGGUCCCAAAAGAGAGCGCUUGAUUCAGAGCGUGGUGGAAUGCCUCACAUUUGUCCUCUCUUCAACAUGUGUGAAGGAACAAGUACUUCUCCAGGAGCUCUUUUCGGAAAUCUCUGCUUGUCUGUAUUCACCCAAGUCCCAAAAGCCCGCAGCUGUGUCCGAGGAGUUGAAAUUGGCUGUGAUCCAGGGCCUCAGCACAUUAAUGCACUCGGCUUACGGGGACAUUCUUCUGGCUUUUUAUGAGCCCUCCAUCCUGCCUCGUUUAGGAUUUGCUGUGUCUUUACUCUUGGACCUAGCAGAACAGGAGAAAUCAAAGCAAAUUAAAAUCGCUGCCUUAAAAUGUUUACAGGUUCUACUCUUUCAAUGUGAUUGUCAAGACCAUCCGAGGUCCUUGGAUGAGCUUGAGCAAAAGCAGCUGGGAGAUUUGUUUGCUUCUUUUUUACCUGGAAUUUCAAUGGCACUGGCCAGGGUUAUUACAGGGGACUUUAAACAAGGGCAUGGCAUCAUUGUGUCUUCCCUAAAGACCUUCUACAAGACAGUGAGUUUCAUUAUGGCUGAUGAACAGCUUGAAAGGAUAUCAAAAGUCCAACCAAAGCCUGCAGUGGAGCACAGAGUAGCAGAGCUGAUGGUUCACAGGGAAGCCAAGUGGGUAAAAAACACCAGCGACAAAUUAACUAUCCUUAUUAAAAAGAUAAUUGAGUGUGUUUCAGGCCACCCACACUGGAAGGUGAGGCUGGCCCUGAUAGAACUGGUCGAGGCCCUUCUCCUGAAGUGCAGCCAAUCGCUGGUCGGAUCAGCUGGACCCCUUCUGAAGGCUCUGGUGGGUCUAGUAAAUGAUGAGAGUCCUGAAGUCCAAGCCCAGUGCAGUAAAGUUCUGAGACAUUUUGCAGAUCAGAAAGUAGUGGUCGGGAAUAGAGCCUUUGCUGACAUCUUGUCAGAAAACCUGCACUCCCUUGCCACGUCUCUUCCCCGCCUCAUGAGCUCCCAGGACGAUCAGGGCAAAUUCUCUACUCUCUCCUUGUUACUCGGUUAUCUGAAACUCUUGGGCCCCAGAGUGAACUUUGUCCUCAACUCUGUGACCCAUCUUCAGCGCCUUUCCAAAGCGCUUAUCCAAGUUCUAGAAUUAGAUGUGACUGACAUCAAGGUUGUUGAGGAGCGGUGCUGGAAUUCUGGGCCUCUGGGUGCUUCAGAGACUGCGGCUACGCAGCCACGGAGCCCAAUGCAGAGGAGAUACUUCCGCUUCUUCACUGAUGAGAGGCUUUUCCUGCUCUUGCAGCAGGUGUGUCAGCUUCUCGGUUUUUACGGGGAUGUCUAUUUGCUCAUAGAUCACUUUAUGGAGCUGUACCGCGAGUCUGUGGUUUACCGGAAGCAAGCCGCCAUGAUCCUGAAUGAACUGGUUGCAGGGGCUGCUGGCCUGGAAGUGGAGAAUCUUCACGAAAACCAUAUUAAAACAAGCACAGAGGAGCUAAGAGAGAUUGUGACAUCUAUACUUGAAGAAUACACAAGCCAAGAAAAUUGGUAUUUGACCACUUGUAUCGAAUCUGAAGAAGUGGGAGAGGAGCUAACAAUGAAGCAGUCGGGCCUCCAGGCCAUCACAUCUGGUGCACACACCUGCCAAGUUACAUCUUUUCCAGCCUUCUCAAAGCCGAGUCCCACUAUUUGCUCCAUGAACAGCAACAUCUGGCAAAUAUGCAUCCAGUUGGAAGGGAUUGGCCGCUUUGCUUAUGCACUAGGAAAAGACUUUCGUUUGCUCUUGAUGACAGCCCUCUAUCCAGUACUGGAGAAGGCUGGGGACCAAACCCUGCUCAUCAGUCAAGCAGCUACCAGUGCCAUGAUGGACAUUUGCCACACUUGUGGCUACUACUCUCUGCAGCACCUGAUCAAUCAAAAUUCGGACUAUUUGGUGAAUGGGAUCUCUUUAAAUCUGCGUCAUCUGUCUCUGCACCCCCAUACCCCAAAAGUCUUGGAAGUCAUGUUGUGGAACUCAGAUGCUAGCCUGCUUCCUUUGGUGGCAGAUGUGGUUCAGGAUGUCUUGGCCACCCUGGACCAAUUUUAUGAUAAGAGAGCUGCUUCCUUUGUCGGUGUUCUGCAUGCCCUGCUGGCAGCAUUAGCCCAGUGGUUCCCAGACACAGAUGAUCUCAGGCAACUCCAAGGGGAAAGUGCAGGGGAGGCGGGAAGUCAUUUGAGCCAAAGACCAGCAGCUUCUGAGAAGGGACUUGAGAACACCACCACAGCAGAAGACAUGGAGCUGUUUUUGCUGAACUACCUCAAAGAAAAGGAUGUGGCAGAUGGAAAUGUCUCAGAUUUUGAUAAUGAAGAAGAAGAGCAGUCAGACCCUCCAAAAGUAGACGAGAGUGACACUGGUCCUGAUGUGGAGCCACCGUUGCCAGUGCAGAUCCAAAUAGCCACAGAUGUGAUGGAGCGCUGCAUCCACAUGUUGUCAGAUAAAAAUCUGAAAAUCCGCUUGAAGGUGUUGGAUGUGCUGAAUUUGUGUGUGGUUGUUCUGCAGUCCCACAAGAACCAGCUCCUUCCCUUGGCUCAUCGGGCCUGGCCCCCACUUGUGCACCGACUCACCAAUGAUGACCCCCUGGUGGUGCUCAGAGCCUUCAAGGUCUUACGUACCCUCGGAGGCAAGUGUGGCGACUUUCUGAGAAGCCGGUUCUGCAAAGACAUCCUGCCAAAGCUGGCUGGCUCCUUAGUCACCCAAGCUCCUGUCAGUGCCCGGGCUGGCCCGGUAUACUCCCACACGCUGGCUUUCAAGCUGCAGCUGGCUGUUCUGCAGGGCCUGGGCCCCCUCUGCGAGAGACUGGACCUAGGUGACAGCGACCUGAAUAAAGUGGCUGAUGCCUGCUUGAUUUACCUCAGCGCCAAACAGCCCAUGAAAUUACAAGAGGCUGCCAGGAGAGUGUCGGAGAAGUUUCCGUGGUGUGGCGGUGCUGCAAAGGGUUUUCCUCCACUUGAUGAAAGUGGACCCGGACUCCACCUGGUUUCUCCUGAAUGAACUUUACUGCCCUGAGCAGCUCACACCUCCCCACCCCAGCCUCCACCCCGUGCAGCUGCGGGGGACCAUGGGGCAAGGGAACCCUUAUGCAGCCAAUGUGCUCUGCCUACUGCAGGAGCUGCAGUGACCCCCCCACCCCCCACCACACACACACACACCUAGGUGUGACAGGGCAAUAUCUUUGUCCCGCAGGUGGGGCGACCCCACCCUGACCCCAGGUGGUGGCAGAGAAGACUGCGAAGGUGGAUUAGACAGCCAGUCGAUUUAUAAAUUGAUCGAUCCCACAACUGCUUAGAAAUUGAAGGAAAGUAGCUGACUGUUAUUUAUAUUUCAUACCUGGUGUUUUCAAAUGACAUUGUCUGGCAGCUCUAAGGGCUUAACUCCUUCGCUUACCAUCUCUGCGGCCCCAACUGCCCCACGGGCCAUCACCACCACACACACACACACACACACACACACACACACACACACAUCCCCACACCGGAGAGCCUAAGGACACAUGGAGGGAGGCCUCUACUAUGCACCAAGUGUGUCCCCUGAGCACCUGAGGACCACAUGGAAGUACCACGCACCCAGGAGUCUUCAGAACGCAGCCCUACAUCGCGGACAUGUGUACCUUCCCUCCUGGAACAGUGAGCUAGAGCUAACUCAUUGUACCCAACCUGUUAUUUGGAAGAAAAUGAAAUAAAGGCAAUUCUUGGAUGAAAGCUGUGA